AAGCCAAACCCCACCCCACUGCUCAAACGCCAUGGCCAUCCCACCACUACCAAAACCAUCAGCAGCAGCAGCAGCAGGCUCGUCUAAUAAUAGUCUCCCGAUCAGCACGACCAUCGUACUCAGGCCAGAUCUAAGACAUGUCGAACUGGAGAUCGAGAAACAUCUCAAGGAGGAACUCGGCCUCAAACUGGAUACCGACCAACAACUCUGUCCACAGCAUCUCCUCCAUCUCUCCUCGAUCAACCAGCCAUCCUCAGGCGAGAACCAGCAGCCACCCUGCCAACUAGGAAACCAAUGUCCAUUCCGCCAUGCCACCCCUUCCAGCCUCAACUUCACCACCCCUCCUGUCGGCUCAGCCGCGAACCGGAACCACCACCAUCACCACCACUCCUCCCACUCUAAGACGGUCUGCAAACAUUGGUUACGUGGUCUAUGCAAAAAGGGGAACUCAUGUGAAUUCCUGCACGAGUACAACCUCCGGACUAUGCCUGAAUGUUGGUUCUUUGGCAAAUAUGGAUUCUGCAGUAAUGGUGAUGAAUGUAUGUAUCUACAUGUCGAUGAACGGAUGAGAGUGCUCGAAUGUAUGGACUUCCGUAGAGGGUUCUGUCCCAAAGGGCCCGACUGUCCACAAAAACACAUCAGAAGACCGAUCUGCCGAUUAUACAUGGCUGGGUUCUGUCCCUACGAAAAGACCUGCCACAUCGGGGGGCACCCGAAGUUUGAGGUGGACCCAACUCCCCGGGGGAACCCGUACAUCAACUCCUUCAACCCAUUCGAUCGUCCACGGGGAGACCCCGAUCGGCCGAUGCUCAACAACUACAGCGGGCAAUCGAACCCGAAACCCCCGAUGGGAAUCCACAAACACCACCAACAGCAACAACAGCAGCAGCAGCAGCAGAUCCAGAAUCAACACCACCAUCCUCAACAACCACAGUUCCUACCACAGCAUCCUAAUCAACAGGCUAACCCUGCCUUGAACCCCCACCUGAUCCAACACCAAAUCAACCUCAAAGCCAAUAGUAUCCUCAAUCACCCAAUCAACCCACUCCUCAACCCCUCCUCCAACCCUCCAACUAAUCCCAAUCACCAUCCUCACGAAGUCCUUCCGAAUGACGAGCAUUGGGUCCAGACUGAUUCGGGGCCACGGAAGAAGAGGAACUUGGAUGAAGUCACUUGUUUCAAAUGCGGCCAAAGAGGCCACUACGCAAACACCUGUCCUAAUCCCAUGGUCCCUGGUAAUAGAGGCGGAGUGGUCAGAGGACCCGGUGGUCGUCUUCUAGGCGAUGACGAUCUUUUACCUGUGCUAUAGACUUUUCUUUCAUUAAUUCGGUUAAUUAAUGUUCAAAUAGAACACACUAUUUAUACUUUUCUUUCAUGGUGAAUUAGCCUGUAUUUUUUUUUGUUAAGAAAAUGGGGAUCAUCGUCUUUUGUUUGUCUCAACACAAGUUUGAGCAGUCCACUUUUCCAUGCUUCUGGUUUGAUCUUUCCCCAGAAGAAAGUGUUCAUUCACAGUGGUUGAGAUAUCUCUCAGUAGACGUAUCUGUUUGCCAUAUUUUGAAGGGGUA